AUGUAUGGAUAAAGACAAGCCAAUUUUAUUAAAUUAAAUAAAUAAUUUCUUGAAGACAAGGAUAUUGUGAAUUUAUCAAUAGAAAAUUAAAUAUUGUGCAAUAAAAUAGAAUUUGUUUGUGAAGUAUGUGAAUUAUAAGAUUAAUUAAAAAAGCAAAUUAGAUCUAAAAUUAAAAUUGAACACACUAAAGUAGAAUAAAUUCAAUAAUAAUUCUUAAAUUAUUAGUUUAAAGCUACCAAUUUUAAUUUUGUAAAAUCAAGGACUGUAAAUAUGUUUUCCCCACCUUCAAUAGCAAAUUUCAGUCGAUGA